GCCACACACCGGCCGCGUCCAGCCGAGCACCGGGGCCCGAAGACUUGUUGUAAAAAGUCAAAAUAUAGUCGCGAAGAAAAAGUUGGUUCGCGCGCGUUUCCUCCGUUUAUUCGUCCCUGCUGUCGCGUUGGUGGUGGGAUGGUUUACGUUUCUUCUGGGAGCUGUCUGAACUGUGAGAGAAGGUGGUUUAUGUCCUCUUAUUAAGGUACUAUCCUUAAAAAAAAAACACUGUAACAACAGACCGUUGGGAUAUCAUGGUGAUCAUGACCGAGAGCAGCCGGGGGACUCAGCCCAGCUCUGCCCAGGGAAGGCCACUGCAGGUCGGCUUCUAUGAGAUCAUCCGCACCCUGGGCAAGGGAAACUUUGCAGUGGUGAAACUGGCCCAACAUAAAGUCACCAAAACACAGGUGGCUAUUAAGAUCAUUGACAAGACCAGACUGAACCCCUCCAACCUGGAGAAAAUAUACAGAGAGGUGCAGAUUAUGAAGCUGCUAAACAACCCCCAUAUCAUCAAACUCUACCAGGUCAUGGAGACUAAAGACAUGCUGUAUAUUGUGACAGAAUAUGCGAAGAACGGAGAAAUGUUUGACCACCUGACCUCAAAUGGCCGUAUGAGUGAAGAUGAGGCCCGAAAGAAGUUUUGGCAGAUUCUUACAGCGGUGGACUACUGCCAUCGACACCACAUCGUUCACCGUGACCUAAAAACCGAGAACCUGUUGCUUGAUGCAAACAUGAACAUCAAACUGGCUGACUUUGGAUUUGGAAACUUCUACAAUUCAGGGGAGCCUCUGUCUACAUGGUGUGGCAGCCCGCCUUAUGCUGCCCCUGAAGUGUUUGAAGGGAAAGAGUAUGAGGGGCCACAUCUGGACAUUUGGAGCCUGGGUGUGGUACUUUAUGUUCUUGUCUGUGGUUCGCUUCCAUUUGAUGGACCCAGCCUUCCUGCACUCAGACAGAGAGUCACAGAGGGACGAUUCAGAAUCCCUUUCUUCAUGUCUCAAGACUGUGAAAACCUGAUCCGUAAGAUGCUGGUGGUAGACCCAGCUAGGAGGAUCAGCAUGGCCCAGAUCAAGCAGCACCGCUGGAUGCUGGCAGACCCAACAGCCGCCCAGCAGACCCUUAGCCAUUCCCUGACAGACUACAACUCCAACCUGGGGGACUACAGUGAACCAGUGCUAGGCAUCAUGAACACACUGGGCAUCGACCGCCAAAAGACUAUCGAGUCUCUACAGAGCAGCAGCUAUAAUCACUUCUCUGCUAUCUACUACCUGCUGCUGGAGAGAGUGAGAGAGCAUCGCACCCAGCAACUCAGUCGCCAGUGUGGGACCUGGAGCCAGAGACCCAGGAGCACCUCUGACUCCACCGGCCCAGAGGUGAACAUGGAGUCCACCGACAGCUUUAGAACCACAGCCUUUUCAAUUCCAGCCAAAAGCACUCCUCCAGUGUACCCGGAGAUGGAGUAUGACCAAGGUGGAUUGUUCCAGCGUGUGGUGUUUCCAGUGGAGGCCAGUCUGAACAGGCUGCUCUGGAACCGCUCCAUUUCACCCAACAGCCUGUUGGAGACGAGCAUCAGCGAGGAGGUGCGACCCAGAGACCUGGAGGAGGAGGAGGCAACGAAAACUCUCGGGCCUCUGCUCCCUCCCAGUACCACAUCCCGCAGACACACACUGGCUGAGGUGUCGGCCCGUUUCCACCAGUGCAACCCUCCAUGUAUCGUGGUCAGUCCCUCAGAUGGUGCCUCUUCUGACGGCUGUCUGAAGUCCUCAUCCAGUCCAGCCCCCAGGUUGCAGGCGGCUAUGGGUGAGAUGUCAACACUUCUGGCCUUUGGGAAUGAGAGUGGAGCUCUGCUGCCUGCUGGAACUCCCAUGACCCUCUCCUCCCACCUCCUGCCCCAGGCCCAGGGCAGCCUGCCUGCUGCCAGCUUCCAGGAGGGCCGCAGAGCCUCUGACACCUCCCUCACACAAGGCCUCAAAGCUUUCCGCCAGCAGCUGAGGAAAAGCACACGCACUAAAGGGCUCCUGGGAUUAAAUAAGAUCAAGGGUCUGACGAGACAGGUUGUUCCUCUAACCUCUAGUAACCGUGGCAGCCGAGGGUCACUGGGCCCAGCUCUCUGUGAGCACCGCAGCAUGCUGGAGGAGGUGCUGCACCAGCAAAGGAUGCUACAGAUCCAGCACCAGCCUCAGGUGCAAGCUGCUCAGACAGGACCUACACAGAAUCCCCUUCUCUUUGUGGCCCAGCAGCAGUCACCCUCUCCUCCACCUACUGCAGUGUUUGCUUCGUCCUCCAUGUUUGCCACACCCACCCCCUCCACCCUGCCUUCUCAGCAAGCUUCGGUGGGUUUACAGCAUGGCCCCUGGAAACAAACCCUCAACACUUCCACCUCUGGCUGCUCCUCACCCUCCUCAUCCUGUUACGCUGCUUCUCUGUCCCCCGUGGCCUCCGCUGCUUACCUUCUCGAGGCUCGUCUGCACAUCAGCCAGCAAACACAUCCUCCCCCCCACAUCAGCCUCCAACAGCAGCCCCAGUCUGCAACACAAGGCACCUUCCCCAUCCUGGUUAAACCUGCUGUGUGGAGCAUGGGCUCGGCCUCCAGCACAGACCCUGACAUGCAGGAGUUGGGUUUGACUGCACAGCAGAAGCUCAGUAGCUGUGUGAUGGUGAAGUAAAGCAUCAGCCAUUGACACCAGACAUUGUUUUCUUUGUGGAAGAAAAAGUCUUGAUUUCGAAGAAAAGAGAGCAGAAGUGAGGAGAAAGAACAAAACGCUGAUGUAAGCGACAAAUGUACACUUUAUUUAACAAGAUGCGGUACACGUAUGAGAAUGUGGCCACACACGUGUGUAUGUUGUGUACACUUUUGAUAUCAUAUAAGCUAAAGACUGAGCAAUAACCAAACUCUGGACAAGGCGUUGAACCAGUAUCAGACUGCCAGAGAAGCAAUAAUAGACUGAAAGACUCUCGUUAGCUCCCUUGAAUUAAAUGAGAGCUGACGCUAGCCAAUACAAUUAUUUCUCACACGUUUUGAUGCUGUCUAAGUUAACUUUUUGAUUUUGUUGAAUACAAGAAGGCUCCCCCUUCCUCAUUGUUUUUUAGAGACUUCUUGUGUCAUUUCCUGUUUUUCACUUGACUGGACAGAAGACCAAAAUUCUUUUUUUUCCCUCAUUUCUCCCACAUUGUUUGCCUUUUUAAAGAGACUUUUAAGAUUUCUCUGUAGCAGUGCAAUGAACAUGCAGUAUAGUGCCCUAAGCUUCACUGAAGGAGUUGAUUUGUAUUGGAACUCUGAUUUUAUUUGUUAUUAUAGCUACGUAAAUGCUGCUUUUACCUCAAGUCGCAAAAAGACUGCUACAUCCUCAUCAGCCAAAAAUGAAAGACAUUGGUGUCUGGCUGAUUGAGUAAAGCACAACAGGUACAUCACCUUACAUAUGUGGAAACGUCCAUCCAUAUUCCCUGCGUUUGAUAAGCACCUUCUUGUUAGAUGCUUUUACUACCUCCACAGGCAAGAAUUUGGAAAGCUGUAAAAAUAAUCCCCUAACAAAAAGUUGCCAAUCCCAAAAUAUCAGAGGAAUGACAAUUUCCAUAUGGACAGAACAAAGACUGUGGGAACCGUGCAAUAUUUCACAUUGAAAUACAAAGGAAGGAUUAGGCUCUGCAUAGGAUGGUCAAAAUGUACAUUUGCCUGAGGUUUUUGUGUUAAUACUUUUCAUUUGUCUGUUUGCUGUGCUAACUAGUUGACUAGAACAGGUACUAGUUAUGUAAAAUAAUAAUGUGAUACUGUAUUUAUAGAAAGACUCGCAUUGCAUUUCAAAAUGCUGUUUCUUCACACAGUAUGCUUGUAGUUCUUUAACUGAAAGGAAGAAUAUGGGUUUUACCAAAGAGCCAACAGCACAAGAGAUGGGUGAUCUAUCACAGAUACACUACUGACUUUUCACUUUGAAUUCUGUUUCAAAAUGGUGGUUAGCGAGCAUAUAUUUCACAUGAUCUCCUUAGCUUCAGCUUUGAGAACUCAUGCAUCCAUCAAAUCUCAAUGCUACACAUAUUGUGAAUAAUUCUAGCUUUUACCAAUAGGACCAUGGUGGUAUUCCUUUUUUUGUACUUUUCUAGAAAAGAAAAAAAAAAAAAAAACAGAA